AUGAGCGUAUUUUACUACCUGGAAUACACCAACGUACAGUUUGGAAGGAUCAGUUAUGAGUCAGCGGCUCAUUAUCUAACUCCAACUACCGACGGCAACGAGAUGCGCCGACAAUGCAUGAUCGCUUCCCCGGAUGAGAUGAUGACCACCCUCCUGCUCGGUGCUGACGGAUAG